GCAUAAUUAUCUAUAUAUGCUCAUAAUACUUCUCUCUGUCUGUCUUUGUCCCUCUCUCUAUCUCUCUAAUUCAUCAUUUACACAAGUUUCUCUUAAUUAAGACGACUUGAGAGAGAAAGAAAGAUACGUGGAAGAUGACCAAAUCUGGAGAGAGACCAAAACAGAGACAGAGGAAAGGGUUAUGGUCACCUGAAGAAGACCAGAAGCUCAAGAGUUUCAUCCUCUCUCGUGGCCAUGCUUGCUGGACCACUGUUCCCAUCCUAGCUGGAUUGCAAAGGAAUGGGAAAAGCUGCAGAUUAAGGUGGAUUAAUUACCUAAGACCAGGACUAAAGAGGGGGUCGUUUAGUGAAGAAGAAGAAGAGACCAUCUUGACUUUACAUUCUUCCUUGGGUAACAAGUGGUCUCGGAUUGCAAAAUAUUUACCGGGAAGAACAGACAACGAGAUUAAGAACUAUUGGCAUUCCUAUCUGAAGAAGAGAUGGCUCAAAUCUCAACCACAACUCAAAAGCCAAAUAUCAGACCUCACAGAAUCUCCUUCUUCACUACUUUCUUGCGGGAAAAGAAAUCUGGAAACCGAAACCCUAGAUCACGUGAUCUCCUUCCAGAAAUUUUCAGAGAAUCCAACUUCAUCACCAUCCAAAGAAAGCAACAACAACAUGAUCAUGAACAACAGUAAUAACUUGCCUAAACUGUUCUUCUCUGAGUGGAUCAGUUCUUCAAAUCCACACAUCGAUUACUCCUCUGCUUUUACAGAUUCCAAGCACAUUAAUGAAACUCAAGAUCAAAUCAAUGAAGAGGAAGUGAUGAUGAUCAAUAACAACAACUACUCUUCACUUGAGGAUGUCAUGCUCCGUACAGAUUUUUUGCAGCCUGAUCAUGAAUAUGCAAAUUAUUAUUCUUCUGGAGAUUUCUUCAUCAACAGUGACCAAAAUUAUGUCUAAGAAGAGUGAAUAUGAUCGUAAGAGGAACAUAAGCUAGUUACUUGUGUUACAAGUUACAAAAAAAA